AUUCUGUCUCCCCACAGACUCAGCAGAGGACAGUCCAGCACUCAGUGGUCAUAUAACGCUGAAAGAUGAACGUUUAUCAGGACACGCUGCCGAGGAGCAGAGCGGAGUCGGAGUGUGUGAAGAAGGAGGACGUGUACCAGACUCUCCACCACCCUCCUACAGUGAAGAACCCAAACCCAACACACGGAUCACCGCAGAGCAUCAGGCUAAUCAUGAUACUGCUGAUCUUCAACACUCUGUUACUGAUCAUUAUACUGAUACUGACUGGAACCUUCAAGUCUCAGAACAGGACGCUGACUGAGGUGGUGAAAUUGUCUUCUUCUGUAGAGUCUCUCUCCUCUAAGCUACAGAGCACAGAUCAGAGAGUGAUGGCUGCUCUGUGUGAAAUGAAGACCAAACUGGACAGCAGCAGUAAAACAGCAGGAGGAUCGACUUGUAAGCCUGGAUGGACUCUUUAUGGCUGCAAGUGUUACUUUUUCUCUGAUGACAAAUUGAACUGGCACCAGGCACGAGAUUACUGCAGGUCCCAGAAUGCCUUGCUGCUCAAACUGGAAGCUAAAGAUGAACGGGCGUUUGUCACUGCCAGGACUACGUCGAAUUUCUACUGGGUUGGUCUCACAGAUGAAAACACAGGGCAGUGGAGAUGGGACGAUGGAACGCCUUACGUCAUGAAUAAAGAUGAGUGGGUAGUUGGACAGCCGGACAACUGGAAGGAUCUCAGUCUGGGAGAGGAAGGAGAAGACUGUGGACAUAUAAAGACGGCUGGGAGGUUUAACGACGCCCACUGCUCUAUUAAAAUGCACUACAUCUGCAAGGCGUAGAUCACACUGCAUGAAAAUGACUGAUAUGUUGGAUGUUCAUGAGAAAAUCCAUGUUAGCAAAAUUCAUUUUAGCGAUUUGGUGCUUUUAUUAACAAAAUUAAAUUCUGCUGUUUUUCAUUUGCUUUUUAAAUGCAUAAAAUACUGGAUUUUUCUUUUGAUUUGAAGUUGAUUGAUUCUUUUAUUGCUACACACCUAUACAACCCUGUCGACAGUGCGAAACACAAUAGUCAUUAAGCGAUACACAACAGCACAUUCACACAGUCAGUGAUGGACAUUAACAAAGUAGAUGUACUUCAUUGCUGCACUUAAACCCUUUUUUCAAGUAUCUGUACUUUUAUAAGGUAUAUUUCUUUAGAUACGAAGGACAACAUGGACCUCACUCACUCACUCGCUCACUCACUCUUGAUUAACAAGUGUAUCCACAAGGGGGAGCUACUAGCACUCUGGUAACUUGUAUACAGAACAGAAAAAAAACAAAAAUAUUUCAAAUGUGGUAAUACUGGUACCCCACGGUGCUUCACGCCAGUGACACAGGGACACAGUGUGUCCUUGUUAAAGUACAUUUCUUUAAAAGUGCCCCACCUUUGUACACUUUCUCUGAAAUACUGUGAAAUGAAAAAUUUUUGACGCACUUUCAGUCGUAUCUUAGCAGCUGUACAUUGGCCUGGGCAACUCUGACAAGUUUUUAUGAAUAAAGGAAGUGAUGUAUUGUUGUGUGCAAUAUUUUUAAUCAGAGAGCCGAGAUCUCAGGAUUUUGGGUGGAGAGAAAAAGAGAAGAAAUGUUGGAUCAUUAGAAAAUAAUAGAAUCCAUUUCUUUAGAUACUUAAGUAUGUUCAAAAGCGAGUAUAUUUGAGUUUUAACACAAACAUAUAAACAGAGCACAUAUAUAUUUAUACUGUGUGGAGAAGAACAUUUCUACUCUUACUGAAGCAGUGAAUUUGUGUGCUUUGACCAUCACUGCAUACGAUACACAAGAAACAAGACACAAUAUAGGAAGACCUACGGGUGGGCAAUAUGGCAAAAAUAUUAUAUCAUGAUACACCAUAUUAAAAUACUAUAAUAAUAAUAAUAAUAAUAAUAAUAUUAAUAAUAAUAUCUAUAGCUGAUUUGUGUUCAAUGUUUUACAAACUGCACUGAAACAUGUAUUUAGUCAGUCCUCUUCAGAGCAACAUUGUCUAACAAUUUAUCUUUCAGUGAAACAAUGCAAAGCAACAUUUAAAUUUAGAUGAAAUUGUUUUACAUCAGUUUAAACCUCAGAAACACCUCAGAUCAACUUCUGUGCUGCUUCACUGUUUACAGUGUUGUUUAGGCGAUCAACCAAAGAAUAACAUUAAACAUAACUACACAGCAAAUAACUCUACACACUUCAUAGACUUCCCUGAAACAGUGUAUCUACAUCCCUGAGAACAGUUGUUAGUGUUUGUGGGUGACUCUGAUUAACAGUGUAUUCCUGUUAUAACACUAGUGCUGAUGUUCCGAUGGACUGAAUGAGUUUUGAGAUGUUUUUAUACAAACACGAUUUAAUUUUAUAGUAAAUUAGUUUUGUCUA